UAAAGAUGGCUGCGCCUAGUGAGCCUGCUGCUAGCGAAAAUCCAGACGAAAAUAUCUUGUAUGAUCUCCUUAUAAACAUUGAGUGGCCUCCCGAGCCCGAUAUCCAGCUUCGAGGCAACCGUGACCAACAUGGAGCAUCAUUUGUACUCACUAAAGCCAUCACAGGUCCUGCGUUGUAUAUGCUGCGUUCCUUCUGGUACAGCCCUGCCAAGUUUUCUCUACCUCCUGGGCUUGUCCAGCUGAUGAGCAAGCAGAUUAGCUGGCAUCUAGUGCUAACAAGUAAUGGCAAGCUGUUAACAGUGGUUCAGGAUCAGUGCGUGGAAAUUCGGUCUGCAAAAGAUGACUUUGGUUCUGUGAUAGGAAAAUGUCAAGUUCCCAAAGACCCCAAUCCCCAGUGGCGGCGUGUGGCAUGGAGCCAUGACUGCACAUUGGUGGCUUAUGCAGAAAGUACUGGGACUGUCAGACUGUUUGAUCUCAUGGGGAGUGAACUUUUUGUCAUUCCUCCGCAAACAAGCUUCCACGGAGACCUGAGUUCUGCUGUCGCUGGACUGAUCUUUUUAGAGUACAAAGCAAGCACUCAGUGGUCAGCAGAACUUUUGGUAAUCAAUUAUCGAGGACAGCUAAAAAGUUACCUAGUGAGUAGUGUUGGAUCCAACCAAAGUUAUCAAGAGAAUCACAGUUUUAACUUUGGAAACCAUUAUUCUCAUGGCAUUUCGUCUGUGGUUUACCAUGCUGGACACAGGCUUCUCCUAAUUGGAGGCAAUGAGACAAAUGAGGACGGAGUGUCCAAAGCUACGGCUUGCGGAAUAUCGGCCUGGAGGGUCAUGUCUGGCUCCAUGCAUUACAAGCUGGUCACUAGUUAUGAGGAUGACGUUGGCACUGCGCUGAAGAGAAAAGGAUUGUGGAGGAUUAUUAAGUUUCGAUUAUCUAGCAGACACGGAACAGAACAGGAUGGCAUUUUUAAGCUGAGCCUUUCUCCUGACGGAACACUUCUGGCUGCAAUUCACUUCUCAGGCAAACUAACCAUCUGGGAAGUCCCAUCUCUUAAACUGCAAGGGUACUGGUCUCUGUGUGAGCAGCCUGGGUUUGAUGAGAUCAACCCUGAUUGGAGUAACUCCGUGGAAAAAAGAAAAAAGAUGAAAGAUAAGGAAUCCUUUUAUCCUCUGAUGGAUAUAAAUUGGUGGGCGGAUAAUGCUGUGAUUUUGGCUCGUUGUUCGGGCUCUUUGACGGUAUCCUCUGUGAGAACAUUAAAGAACUUGCUGGGGAAAUCCUGUGAAUGGUUUGAACCCUCUCUGCAGGUUACUGCAGCUCAUGACGGAGGAUUCCUCAGCUUGGAGUGUGAGGUGAAGCUUGCUCCAAAACGUUCUCGACUGGAAAGCAGGACUGAGGAAGAUGGAGAAGAUGACUCAGACUGUGAUGAUGAGAUGUCAGCCAAAGCCCGAUACUUUGCAUACGUAAAACAAGCCCUUUAUUUUGUGACCGAAAUGGAACGUUUUGCUCCUCCACGCAAACGCCCUCGUACUAUUACCAAGAACUAUCGGCUUGUGAGCUUGCGCUCUACAACCCCUGAGGAACUCUACCAGAGAAAGAUUGACAAUGAAGAGUACGGAGAGGCAUUGUCUUUGGCCCACGCGUAUGGGCUCGACACAGACCUAGUGUAUCAAAGACAGUGGAGGAAGUCUGCAGUCAAUGUAGCGACCAUACAAGACUAUCUGAGCAAGAUUAAAAAGCGAUCCUGGGUCCUACAUGAGUGUUUAGAACGAGUUCCAGAGAAUGUUGAUGCUGCUAAAGAGCUGCUAAUGUUCGGAUUGAAAGGCACAGACCUCGAGGCUCUCGUGGCCAUUGGGAACGGUGAAGAUGGUGGAAGAUUCAUUUUACCUGGAGAUGUGGAUAUUGAUGAAAUUCCAUAUGAGGAGUUUUUGACACCAGAGGAAGAAGCAGAAACGAGACAAGAGAGAGAGGCCCAAAAACGCAGAGAUCUUCUGAAGUUGGUCGCUUUUCAGAACUUAACACUAGAACAAAAGGAGUUAUGCAGAUGCAGACUUAAGCUAUUAACAUAUCUUGAUCGAUUGUCAACGUAUGAGGAAAUCCUUGGGGGACCUCACGCCGCCGAAGAGAGAUAUGAUGCCGAAUUCUUCAAGAAGUUUAGAAACCAAAAUAUUGUGCUGUCAGCGAGAACAUAUGCUCGGGAAAGUAAUGUACAAGCCCUGGAAAUACUGUUUACGUACCAUGGAUCGGAGCUGCUCCCUCAUAUGCUAGCUAUUCUGUCCAAUUUUCCCGAGACUACAAGCCCACAUGAAUACGCUGUACUCCUUCCAGAGGCUUGCUCUGCUGGAGAAGAACUAAAGAUUGUCCCUUGGAUUGAGCAGGAACAUCGACACAAAGAUUGGUGUGAAGAACCCGAGUGGAAGUCAAUAGUGGAGCCAAGUUCUGUUGACUUGGCUGAAUUUUUAUAUGAAGGACAGCCUGAAUUAUUUGUCUACAGAAGUGAUAAUCUCUCCAUUGAUUUAUUGAAAAGUUGGUACUGGAAAAGAGCUGAAGAAAUUGAGAGCUAUGCUCGGCAGGUGGAUGGCGCUCUCUCCCUUGUGCGUCUUGGAAAAGAACGAAAUAUCCCUGGCCUGCAGCUUCUCUCUGAUGACCUUGUGACGCUGGAGACUAUUGUUUACGAGGCAGGCUGUGAAGCAUUUCUGACUCUGAAAGACCUGCAGCAGAUCAAAGACAUUGAAAAAUUGAGGUUGCUAAUGGCAAAUUCUUCUGAAGAACAGUAUGUGAAAAACGCCUAUCAGUGGAUGGUCCCCUUCCUUCACCGAUGUGAAGUGCAAACGUCCGGCUCCGCCAAUGUACUGCUGAAGGAAUUCUUAGUGACGCUGGCAAAAGAUGACCUUAAAUACCCUUUAAAGAUUUUUCAGAAUUCCAAACCAGAUUGUCAACCAAAACUUAUUCGAAAUCAAGACCAGCUGAUGAUUAUCGCAUUGGAAUGUAUUUACACCUGUGAGCGUGACGAUCAGCUCUCCUUAUGUUAUGACAUUCUUGAGUGUCUGCCACAGAGAGGUUAUGGCUCCGAAACGGACAUAAGUAAAUCUUUGCAUGACAAGGUAGAUCAGCUGGAACAAAUCCUCAGUGUGUCUGAGAUCCUGGAGAAGCAUGGACUUCAGAAACCGAUAUCCUUUGUGAAGGACACGCAGUCCAGUCCUGAAGAGGCAAGGAAGCUAAUUGUCCGGCUUACGAGGCAUACUGGCAGAAAACAACCCCCAGUCAGCGAGAGCCACUGGAAGGGACUGCUCAAUGACAUCUUGGAUAUGCAGCAAAAUGUCUAUAAGUGCCUGACCGCGGACACUUGCUAUGAGAUAUUUGCAGAAAGUUUAUUAUGCUCAAGCCGCUUGGAGAAUAUCCGCCUGGCUGGUCACAUGAUGCAUUGCAGUGCUGACUCUAUCGAUCUUCCUGUGAGCGUUUCGUCGAAAGGGAAAGCCCAAUACCGAGUCAGCUAUGAGAAAAGUGUGGAACUGGUACUGGCGGCAAGCAGAGAGUACUUCAAUUCAUCGGCUACUCUGACUGACAACUGUAUGGAUUUGGCAAGAUGCUGCUUACUAUUAAUCACCGACUGCCCGAGCACCAUUCAGGAGGAGCUUGACUUAAUCCGUUCACUUGGUUACCUUGAAGAAUUUGGAGUGAAGAUUUUACCGUUACAAGUGCGUUUGUGUUCGAAUCGCCUGAGUCUCAUCAAGAAGUGCAUCUCUCAGUGCUCUACUAGCUACAAGCAGCCAGCAAAACUCCUGACACUGGCACAUCUGCUGAAAGUAACCGCGAGUGAAGAGACUGAAAGGAAGGGCCAAGUCUUAACUCUUCUAGCUGAACAAGCGCUAAACUGCCAGGACUACAACGCUGCCAAUGGGCACUGCCAGGAACUGAUGACUACAGGCUAUAGUAACAGUUGGGACAUAUGCAGUCAGCUGGGACAGUGUGAGAAUUAUGACCAUCUUAACACACGAAAGGAGCUCAUGGCCUUCGCUCUAACCCACUGUCCUCCAUGUGCUAUACAGAAUCUGUUAGCGGCCAGUAGCUCUUUGCAAACACAGAUUCUCUAUCAAGCCGUAAAUUACAAUUUACAGCCGGGUGAGGAAGAGGACCAGGGGAAUUCACAUCAUUCUGGACCACCUGGGUUGGUCAGCAGUAAAGACAUUGGCCAGGCUUCAUCUGUCCAGUCUCCGGAUUUAUUGCAUCGAACAACAGCUACGACCAUGAAAGUCCUCACUAACACAACCAUGACUACUAAAGCUGUGUUGCAUGCAGUCAGUGAUGGACAGUGGUGGAAAAGGUCACUAACUUAUCUUCGUCCUCUAAAUGCUCAGGAAACCAGCAGCACCGCAAAGAGCACAGCGGGAAAUAAUUCUGUAAUGGAUAAGCAGGGCUGCCAUCCUUUUUAUGAAUCUUUAAUUGUCAAUCCAUUUAUUGCUAAAAGUGAAGCCAUGUACGAUAAAUACCAACACCAACCACUGGAGAGCUUUGCCGAGGUUCUUUUGAGGACAGGAAAGCUAGCAGAGACAAAAAGCGAGGGGGAGAGCUUGUUUCCAGCCACAGAAGUUCUGUUGCAGCUGGCAAGUGAAACGCUACCAAAUGAUAUCACCUUGUCCGUCGCCUAUUUGCUUGCAUUACCGCAGGUGGUGGAUGCCAACAAGUGCUUUGAAAAGCAAUCACAUUCAGCUUUAUCUCUCCAGCUGGCUGCGUAUUACUAUAGCCUGCAGAUCUAUGCUCAUUUGGCACCAUGCUUCAAGGACAAGUGCCAUCCUCUCUACAGGGCGGAUCCUAAAGAGCUGAUCAAAAUGGUCACUAAGUACGUCUCAGAUUACGCCAACACAAACUGGCCUAUGGAACUGGUUACCUUAAUAGAGCAAUUGCAUUAUUAUAAUGAGCGACUUAUGGAUUUUACACAAGCCCAGGUCCUUCAAAACCUUGGCAAAGGAGUGGAUGUUCAGAGGUUUGCAUCCGACAGCCAAUAUAAGAGAGAAACAAUCCUUGGGCUGGCAGAAACUCUGGAAGAAAACGUGUACAAGAUCUCCCUUUCUUUGGCUCAGAGAUACCAAGUUCCACUUUGGGAGGUUUACAUGACGCACUUGGAGUAUUUAUUUUCUGACAGUGGGUUAUCCACAUCAGAAAUUGAGAAGAGGGUGCAGUUUCUUGGCAUCUUUAACACGCUAAAAACAAUCCCAGAAUCCUUUUACGAACACAUGGCAAAAUAUGUGUAUCCCACCAUUGAAGGCACGGAUCUUCAAAGAUUGCUGUAUUAUUUUACCCUUCUAGAGAGCUGUGGCUGCUCCCAGUUUGUAAAGCAUACCAUCAAGCCAGAUUCACACAUAAAGCUUUUGAAGAAACUAAAGGCGGUUGCACCAGGACUUAAUUACAAGAAGCUGACGGAGUCCACUGUUAGUCCCCUACAAUCACUGGAACCAGUUCUCACCAGCCAGAAUGUUCUUGCAAUAUCCAAGCUGGCCCAAAGAAUCCCAGAGAUAGAUGGUUCAUUGCUUUCCUCUAGUUCCAUUCAUGCCACCUGGCUGAAGAAACUCUUUUGGAAUGGCGAUCCUCAGCUGCUUAAAAAGGUUCCUCAGUCUGCAGAUUGGUCCCAUGCAUAUGAUACCUGCAGGAAGUACUUCGAAAGACUCAGCCCUGACGAUUUAAUCACAUUUGCUGAUGAAAUUACCUUCUCAUCACAAGCAGUUAAUAAGCUGACAGUGGAAGCCAGGAUAGAUAUGACGAAGAAAAUGAUGACAGCAGUCAAGCAGUUUAUUGAAAAGCACAGAAAAAAAGGCUCUGGGGAAGGUGCAGAGACGGCAAACACCAACGUCACUUACGUAAUGGCCUUCAAUCAUCUUCAGCAAUCUCUUGCUCAUCUAGAAACAUUCAGUCAUGCUUUCAUCGACCACUUGAGGUCUUUAGACCAGAAAUACUCCUAUUUAUAUGAUAUUUCAAGGUCGGAUGAAGAAAAGAUAAAGGAGUUGGCAGUAACCAUGUGUCUAGAAGGGCAAUCACUUAACACCAUCCAGAAACUGUUGGAUGUAGCCGUGGGACCUUUUGAAAUCAGCCCCAAAGAUAUUGUGUGUUAUUCCACGGAAAAAGUUAUUGCAUCAUUAAGAGAGAAUAAAAUGGAUUACUGCACAGUUGGAGACCCUUUACAAGUCCUGGAGAACAUUGUCAGGGAAGUUCACCUAAAUGCUGAACGAGGUGAGAAACUUGUCUCUUCUGAUGACCUUUUGGAAUGGCUGAGACCAUUCUGUGGAGACGACUCUUUGCCAGUGAAACCUAGAAUUGAUGUGUUGCAAAUUAUGGAACAAGCAUUUAAUCUCAAUGAUGAAGACAGCAAGUUGCUUGUAUUUUUCCGAACUCAGGCUGUUCUUAAAGCCUCUUGGCCAGAACAAAAGGUGGAAGUGGCUGACAUUGAAAAUGAAGAGAAAAGAUAUAAUCUCUUUCUAGAACUGCUGGACAUUAGUCACAGUCAACAAGAAUUCCAGCACUUAGUUUUACUUUUACAAGCCUGGCCUCCCAUGAAAGGUGCAAAAAUUGCGUGUUCAGAAGACAAUCCAUGGGUAAAACUGGUGAAGUCCAUGCUCUCUGGCUCCACUGAGGAACAGAAGGGGGAGAGGUCAGCUGAAAUCCUGAAAAUAUGUCGCACUUUGUAUAACUCCAAACACGCACCCUCAGUAGAGUGUAUAAAGGAGAUAUGUACAGUGCUGCUGGACCACUCAAUGUUGCUGACAUCACUAAAGCUGCUCUUUGAAAGCCACAAUCAAGAUCUUCAUUCAAAGGCACUGGAGCUUUUAACUGCAGUUACCCAGAUCACCGAUUUGAACUGUGACUCAGAAGUCCUGUCCCUCGUGUUGGAUGCCAAGCUAGUGGUAAAAUGCAUCCCCACGGCUUACUACCCUCAUGUAAUAAACCAUCUAUUGUCCAACCACGAAGAUGGCCGGUGGGAUGUGGAAGAGAUAGCAAAGCAACUUCAUAACUGUGGAUUUGAAGCAGAGGCCGGAUCCCUGCUGAUGUCUUACAGGGGAACCCAUGCCGCCCUUAGAACCUUCAGUGCUGCUCUCAGUAGUCUUAAACGUUGGUUGUGAGGAGAGAUUUUUAUUUCGGCAUUGUUUGCUCAAAUAGGUGCCUCAUGUUGUUAUAAAUGCACAAAGGAUGUCAGUAAUGCAUUUUAUGUAAUCUUUAGGGCUGUAAACUCCUAAAACAUUUGUAUUAUUGGUUUAAAAUAUUAGCACAGGUUUGACAAUGUUCGUCAAGUUCACUGAAUCAGGAAUAGUGGAAAAUCCUCAAGGGAAUUGCACGGUUUAGGUAGAAAACUGUGAAGAUGGUCUUCAUCUUGUCUAUAAUCCUUCUUGGCUUGAUAUUUGCAACUCCCUUGAUUAUUCACCACAGUGGCCUGUUUAGAGAGUAAGCAUCGGAAAUGUUAUUGGUUAUUCAAAAUCGCAUGAAAACCAAAGUAUAUUAAACAUUACAGAAUUAAAAUGUACAUGGCUGGACACUUCCAUAGUUAACGUCCCUGCUCAUAAAACUUUUCUGUUUAAGCAUACAGUUCAAUAAUAUGUUAGGACAUCCGAUUCAAACAUUUACAUCCUGAUAACUUGAAGAGGCUCUCUCAACGUCUGGUUUGAGAAUGACACUACUAGACCGCGGUAGCUCCACCCAGUGUCUACAAGUGUCAGGCAUAGGAAGUAUACUGAGACAAAGUGGUCCCUUUUUGGUCUCAAUAUAUCUUUUUACAGUGUUGUAAUUUCACUGAACUGAAAAAGAUUUUAUCUUUAUGAAAUAUUAAUUUUGCAGGGAGUAACAGUGUCGCUUUAACAUGUAUUAUUUGUCAUUUUUUGUUAAGUAUUCAAGGCAGUAGUAAACGUCUUGUUAACUUUAACCUCUAUAUGUCAAACUGAAAAAGCCAUAUUAAUAUCUUUGUGUUGUAACAAUAAAUGGUAACAGCUUGAAAAGGA